GGCGCCAGCCCACAACAAGACUCUUGCCCGCGAGCGCGGUCGAGCGAGCGCAAGGUGCAUGGCUGUGCUGCUUGGCGAAGGCGGGCGAAGUUCAGCAGUACGAGAGCCAGGCCAGCUGGGCCGUCCCACCGCCAUGAGAGGGACAAGACACUGCCACGCUUGAAGUUGCUCGAGGUCGGAUCGUUGGUUUCACACGGUUUCGAGGCCGUGGCAAUACUCCAUCCUAUGCUCGCGAAGCGGCUGUCGCUCAACGUCCUCUCGCCCAAGGCGCUGAGCCCGAGCGCCACGUCGCCCCGAGGCAAAGACCGCCUGCGCCUGACUAAGACGCCUGCGCCACCGAGCGACGAGAACCAGCGCAGCCCACCAUUGACGCCGGUCGUCACGACGCCCGACGACGUCAUCCACGAGGUCCAAGCGACGCUCACGAGCCUGCUUGAGCGCAUGGACGGUAUUAAGCCGGCCAAGUUGCGCUCCAUCAAGCUCGGCGGUGCGCAGCGUCUUUGCAAGGUGCAGGACAGAGGCGGUGCAGCGUAGGCGAGCUCCGGGGGCUCCUAGGCAAGGCCGACGACGAGUUUGGCGCGCACGAACGUACGUUCCGCAAGCACGCGCACAACGAUGGUCUGCAGAUCCAGCUGCAGAACUUUGUCGCGAGCCUCCACGGCCUCUCGCCCGUCCUCGACUCGUAUCGUUUGCGAUACUUCAAUUCUGUCUCGACUACAAAGCGACUAGAAUCCAAAAGACGAGUUUUCUUGUCAACGCGUUUGUCAAGCGCAACGUCGAAUUUGCCUUUCAAGAAAUCUCGUCCUACUACGCGUCGAUGUUUACCGAGCUGUCGCUGGCUGUGGCCCAUGCUUCGGGCUCGGCGGCCGAGGCAGCGGUCCUUGCCACCUUGCGCGCCGAGCCGCAGACGCCGGACGACGAGCCUUCACCGGAGGUGCAGUAUCAAAUGGGCCAGCAGCUCUUCUUGGGUCAUGGCCGCGCCGCCAACCAGCACCAAGCCUUUGUUCACUACAAGCUCGCCGCGGUCCAAGGACACAUGGAGGCCAUGGUGUGCCUGGCUCAAAUGUACCGGGACGGCCGCGUCGUCGAGAGCGACCACGAAGCCGCGAUGCAGUGGUGCACGCGCGCCGCCAGCCUCGGGUCCAUCGAGGCCACGUUUGCGCUGGGGGACCUCCUCGUACAAAAGGCGCGUCUUCUCACCCACGUCGCGCGACGCCAAGAAACGUAUGCUCUGGCGAUGGUGCGACUGACGCAAGCCGCCGACCAAGGCCACCGGGAGGCCCAGUACGCUGUCGCACAUUUGUACGAGAUCGGUGCGGUCGGCGCCGUUCAAUGGCAGCUGGCUAAGGAGGCGUACGUCAAAGCGAGUGACCAAGGCCACAGUAAGGCGCAGGAAGCCUUGGGGCGGCUUCACUAUCACGGCCACGGCGUCGAGAUGGACAAGACCCGAGCUGCCCACUACUUGCAGAUGGCGACGCAGAGCGACCCGAGCUUGCCGGAUGCGUGGUAUUUACUGGGCGUCAUCUAUGCCAAUGGCGACGAAGUGCCCGUGGACAAGCCCCGUGCCAAGCGAUGUUUUGUUAAAGCCGCCAUGCUUGAGCACAUGGACGCCCCAACCGAGCUUGCCGCGAUGCUGCUCACGAGCGAGAGGGCACCCGUGGCCGAUGACGUGGCGACCGAGGCGCUCAAGUGGCUCGUCUUUGUCGAGCCACCGACCGCCCGCGCCCAGUACCUUCUCGGCACACUCUUCGAACACGACGCCUUCCUCAAUAUACCCACGGCUCUGCGCUAUUACACGGCGGCGGCCCGAGCGGGUCAUGGCGUGGCGGCGCAGCGUGCGGCGCAGCUCUACUACAGCGGCCACAAGGGCGGCGAGUUGCGCAGUGAGAAGCGAUUGGCAUUUGAAAUGUAUUUUAUCGCAGCGCGCACGAGUCACGAUGCCGAGUCGAUAAACGCGCUGGGUCUCAUGUACGAAGACGGCGAAGGCGUCGGAGUGGACAUGGCGAUGGCGGCCGACUGCUUUCGCCAAGCCGCCGACCGGCAGAGCGCCCACGGCCACUUCAACUAUGCGUGUCUUCUCCGCGCCGGCCGCGGUGUCGAAAAGGAUAUGGACGCUGCCAAGCACCACUUUGAACAGGCGCUCGCGCUCGGCUACGCCCAGGCGCGGCAGUUCCUCUCGACAACGAAAUAGCAAGCUAAGAUACAAAGGUGGUCGAUGCUGCUGUACGCAGGCGGGGUGGUUCGAAGCUAGGACAACGACAAAUCGCAAACUCAAACUCAAUGUAUCGCUUUCAGUGGUCCGGGC